AAUAAUUUAAACUUUUAGGGGACUGAAUUGCUAUUAUUUCACAAUAAAAAUGACUGAGUUCAUAGAUAUCGACGGUAGCAUUUUAGAGGGGGGUGGUCAAAUACUGCGUAUUUCUAUUGCGCUGAGUGCAAUCUUAGGUGUGCCAGUUCGAGUGAGCAAAAUCAGGGCGGGCCGAAGCAAGCCCGGGUUAGCUUCGCAGCAUCUAAAAGGCAUUGAACUUGUCGGAGAGAUGUGCCAGGCAAGGGUGAGGGGCGCCAGUAUAGGCUCCACCGAGAUUGAGUUCACCCCGGGCCCGCUCAGGGGCGGGCAGUAUGAGGCUGACACACACACUGCCGGUUCGGUCAGCCUGCUGCUGCAGGCGGCGCUGCCGUGCGCGCUGUUCGGCGCCGCACCGGUUGAAUUGCAGUUACGCGGCGGCACCAACGCUGCCAUGGCUCCCCAGGUCGACUUUAUGGCGCAGACGUUCCGCAAGCUGCUGAAUCGAUUCGGCGCGGAUUUCGAAAUGACCAUACAUAAGAGGGGGUACUUCCCCAAAGGCGGCGGGCACGUGUCGGUGCGGGUGUCGCCGGUGCGGUACCUGAGCGGCGUGGACAUCAUGCAAGGCGGCCGCGUCACCGCCGUGCAGGGCGCCAGCUUCGUGGCCGGCAACCUGCCGCUCCAUUUAGCGCAUGGAAUGGCAGAUGGCGCGAAAGAAGAGCUCAGACCUGUGUGCACCAAGAUAGACAUCAAGUGCUACAAAGAGGACAGGAGCGUGGCGCCCGACAACUGCAACGGUAUCAACCUGUGGUGCACGCUGGCAUCGGGCAACAUCCUAGGCUCGGACGCGCUAGGGAUGCGAAACGUGGAGGGCCGCGCGGUGGGACGCGCCGCGGGCAUGGCGAUGCGCCAGGACCUCAUCGUCGGCGCCUGCAUCGACGAACACGCACAGGACCAAGUGAUCAUAUACAUGGCACUGGCCGAGGGCAAGUCGUCGAUACGGACUGGAUUCGUCUCUCGGCACACCAAAACCGCCAUGCACAUCGCCGAAAUGGUCGCUAAAGUUAAAUUCGAGAUAUAUCCUGAUUCAACUCUCAGAAAUCAAAACAUCAUCGAAUGCACCGGCCUAGGGCUUACUAACAAACACCUGACCCCAGCUCAGUAGUGUUCCCUAACAUGAAGUCAUAUUGGCGAAACCAGGCUGUCGAUACUAGCUAUCUGGCUAACAUAUAAAACGGUAUUUAUUGCUCGACUGAAUGUAUUUGUGUAAUGUAUGAAUUUAAGUGUGUUUCUGUAUUAAGUUUAAGAUAUUUUUAAUUUUAUGAUUAAAAUUUUCGCCAACCA